AUGAAGAACCUCUUUUUCUCCAUGCUAGUUCUCCUCUCAGUCCUUUUCUUCCUUGCCAACGUCAGCGAGGCGGCGGUCCAGUGCAACUUUGUGGUUUCUAAAGCAGCUCCAUGUGCAGCGUAUGCCACAGGCAAGGCACCAGAACCUAGUAAUGAAUGCUGCAGUGGGCUGAAACAGCUUGCUCAAUCUGUGAAAAGUGUUGAUGAUAAGAAGGAUAUCUGCCGCUGCUUAAAGAGCGCUGCCAAGUCUAUGAAGGUAAACGAUGCGUUCUUGAGCAAGCUUCCUGAUAUUUGUAAGAUCAAUGUUGGUUUCCGUGUCUCCUCAAAAACAAACUGCGAAACGGUUUUUAUUUUUCAAAAUAAAAAUCGUUCAUUCCUGCUAGCAAAUCUCUUGCAAUCUUGCAUAGACAAGAAAGCCCAUUUAUCAGGCAAGCUUCUUCACGCUUACAUUCUUCGCAAUGGCCUUUUCUACGACACCUUCCUCUCCAAUCGCCUCAUCGAAUUAUACUCAAAAUGCAACAACCCAAAAUCUGCCCAACACCUGUUCGAUAAAAUGUCCCGUAGAGACAUCUUUUCUUGGAACGCAAUCUUAAGUGCCCAAUGCAAAGCCCAAAAUUUAGAACUGGCGUAUAAUCUGUUCGAUGAAAUGCCGGAGAGAAAUGUUGUCUCGUGGAAUAAUGUGAUUAGUGCACUGGUACGAAAAGGGUUUGAAGAAAAGGCGUUGAGGGUUUAUUGUAGGAUGAUUGAGGAAGGUUAUGUGCCUACCCAUUUCACGUUGGCUAGUGUUUUGAGUGCUUGUGCAGCGGUGUUGGAUGUUGUGCAAGGGAGGAGGUGUCAUGGCCUUGCGGUUAAGAUUGGACUUGAUAAGAAUAUGUAUGUAGGUAAUGCUUUGUUGUGUGUGUAUGCCAAGUGUGGGUGGACGAGAUGUGCGGUUCGAGUUUUUGGGGAGAUGGAUGCGCCUAAUGAGGUUAGUUUUACCACUAUGAUGGGUGGGUUAGCGCUGACGGAUAGAGUUGUUGAGGCUUUGGAGAUGUUUAGGUUGAUGUAUAGGAAAGGGGUUUGUAUUGAUUCUGUGUCGCUGUCUAGUGUUUUGGGUGUUUGUGCUAGAGGAAGUGGAGGGAAUUCUCAUGGUUUUGUUGAGAGUGAUGAUGGGUUUUUCAGUAAUGUGCAUGGGAAACAAGUGCACUGUCUUACUAUUAAACUUGGGUUUGAAGGAGAUCUUCAUUUGAGUAAUUCAUUACUUGAUAUGUAUGCAAAGAAUGGGGACAUGGACGGUGCUGAAGUGGUGUUUGCUAAUCUCUCUGAAGUCAGUGUUGUUUCUUGGAAUGUUAUGAUAGCUGGGUAUGGCCAGAGAUAUGAAAGCAAGAAAGCUAUUGAAUGUUUGAAAAGAAUGCAAGUUCGUGGCUUUGAACCUGAUGAAGUCACUUAUAUUAAUAUGCUUGCAGCGUGUGUCAAGUCUGGGGAUAUUGAAACUGGACGACAAAUGUUUGAUAGCAUGUUGAUUCCUAGUGUGAGUUCAUGGAAUGCCAUGCUCUCUGGCUAUUCCCAAAUUGAGAAUCACAGGGAAGCUAUAAAGCUGUUUAGGGAUAUGCAGUUUCGAGGGUUGCAACCCGAUCGGACUACUCUGGCUAUUAUCCUCAGCUCAUGUGCAGCAAUGGGGUUUUUGGAGGCUGGGAAACAGAUCCAUGCUGCCUCGCUGAAAAUUGAUUUUCAUAUUGACAAUUUUGUUGCCAGUGGACUAAUAGGUGUUUAUUCUAAGUGUCAGAAGAUAGAGUUAGCAGAACACAUAUUCGAUAAAAUGCCUGAACUGGAUAUUGUCUGUUGGAAUUCUAUGAUUGUAGGUUAUUCGCUCAAUUCUCUAGAUAGAGAAGCUUUCAUGUUGUUUAAGCAAAUGCAACAAAAUGGGAUGUUUCCUACUCAAUUCUCUUUUGCAACUGUGCUGAGUUGUUGUGCAAAGUUAUCUUCCUCAUUUCAGGGGAGACAGGUUCAUGCUCAAAUAGAGAAAGACAGAUAUGUUAAUGAUGUCUUUGUUGGGAGUGCACUUAUUGAUAUGUAUUGUAAAUGUGGUGAUGUAGAUGGAGCUAGGAAGUUUUUUGAUAUGAUGCAUGGCAAAAAUACUGUCACUUGGAAUGAGAUGAUACAUGGAUAUGCCCAAAGUGGAUAUGGAGAUGAGGCUAUAUGUCUCUACAAGGACAUGAUUGCAUCAGGUGAGAAACCUGAUGAUAUAACCUUUGUUGCUGUUUUGACUGCUUGCAGCCAUUCAGGACUGGUUGAUGCAGGGGUUGAAAUCUUCAAUUCCAUGAAGCAAGGACAUCAUCUGGAGCCAAAGUUAGAUCACUAUACUUGCAUGGUGGACUGUCUAGGUCGAGCUGGUCGUUUCCAUGAAGCAGAAAUUCUUAUAGAUGAGAUGCCGUAUAAAGAUGAUCCAGUUAUAUGGGAGGUUCUUUUAAGUUCUUGUCGAGUUCACUCUAAUGUGAGCUUAGCAAAAAGGGCAGCAGAAGAACUGUUUCGCUUAGACCCGAAAAAUUCUGCUACUUAUUCACUUCUUGUUAACGUCUAUUCUUCUUCAGGAAGAUGGGAUGACUUGAGGGCUGUGAGAGAGCUAAUGAAUGAAAAUGAUGUAGUUAAAGAUCCAGGAUAUAGUUGGAUUGAACAUAACGAUGCAAUAUUUUCAAGGUUGCAAGCAUCGGUAGUAUGCUAUACCUGUCUAGUGGUUUCUUCUUUGACUUACAUCAAAGAAAAUAGUACCCUUUGGAUGGUGCUCAUUCCUUGUGCUGAUUUGGGAAACAAAGUGGAUUACAAUGUUGAUCAGAUGGUAGAAGCCAGGACCAUCGUUGAAUUUCAUUUCUGCUCAUGUCACUUAUUUGUCAUCAACCCCAAUGUUCAAACUCUCAUGGGAAAGCUCAAAACUUCCAUUUCCAAUGUCUCAAUAAUGAAUCAGUUUCACUAUAUAAACCCCUCAACCCCACUUCAUUUUCCCAUCAACCAAACAAGUUCACUAUCAAACUCCCAGGAUCACAUUGCUAACACUGUUACAUUGCCAUAUUUAGCCAUGAAGAACCUCUUUUUCUCCAUGCUAGUUCUCCUCUCAGUCCUUUUCUUCCUUGCCAAUGUCAGCGAGGCGGCGGUCCAGUGCAACUUUGUGGUUACUAAAGCAGCUGCAUGUGCAACGUAUGCCACAGGCAAGGCACCAAAACCUACUAAUGAAUGCUGCAGUGGGCUGAAACAGCUUGCUCAAUCUGUGAAAAGUGUUAAUGAUAAGAAGGAUAUCUGCCGCUGCUUAAAGAGCGCUGCCAAGUCUAUGAAGGUCAACGAUGCGUUCUUGAGCAAGCUUCCUGAUAUUUGCAAGAUCAAUGUUGGUUUCCGUGUCUCCUCAAAAACAGACUGCGAAACUAUUCACUGAAUUGCUAUAGAAUUGAAGCAGCGGUCGGUUGAGAAAGCCAUCAUAAAGUAUAUUAAGAGUGAGUUAGAAUAAAUUAAACAGUGAUGAGAAUGUUAUCAUCUUA